UAGAUACAUUUUCGCUAUUAGAUACUCAUACAAGAUAUCAAUUACCCAAUUUCCCAUCUCCCAGACGCAGAAAACUGUUUCAACUACAACACAACAUCCACCAUCCAUUCAUCAACAACAACAAUGGCACACGAAAACCGUCUCACAAACCGACAUGUCCUCAUCUUCGGCGGCACGUCUGGCAUAGGCUUCGCAACAGCCUCCAUGGCGCUGUCCAACGCCGCCAACGUGACCAUCUCUGGCUCCCGGCAGCCGAAAGUCGACGACAAGGUCACGCUGUUACGGAGCUUUUACCCGUCCCUUCCUUCUGACAAGGUUGCCGGCUUCGCUUUGGACUUGUCUGACACCGUGAACCUUGAGAAAGGGCUGAUCGAUGUAUUCGAGAAAGCGACGAACGGAGGGGAGAAGAAGGUCGAUCACAUCGUGUUCACGGCGACGGGGGACAUCAACGGGAAGCCGACAGUCGAGACUGUGGAUCCCGCGACGGUGUUCGACGGGUUCAAAGUGCGGUGGCUCGCGCCGGUCAUAAUUGCGAAGGUCCUCGCGACGAACCCGGGCAAGUACAUGCCGGUCAGUCACAAGUCGUCGGUGACUGUGACUGGCGGGACGAACACGGUGAAGCCGAUGCCUGGGUGGUCGAUCGCGGCGGCGUGGGGAGGGGCGACCGACGGGCUGGUGAGGGGCAUGGCGGUCGAUAUGAAGCCGAUUAGGUGGAAUCAGGUUGAGCCUGGUGCGGUGCAGACGGAGUUGCUCCAGGGGUAUUUGGAGAUGUUGGGGCCGGAUGGAUUAGAGAAGAUGAAGAGGGAGGGGGGUGUUACGGGGGAAUUGGGGCAGCCGGAGGAUCUGGCGGAGGCGUAUGGGUGGUUGAUGAGGGAUUGGUUUGUUACGGGGAAGACCGCGAGUUCGGAUGGUGGUCGACUUCUGGUGUGAUAGGAUGUAGUGGGUGGUAUUAGAGGCUGUGGUGUAGUCAACUGUAAUUCCAAUUAAUUCGUUUCCGUGCUGAUUAUUCUUUCGUGUCAUCGUCAGCAGAUACGUAUCAAUAU